UGGUUUUUUUUUUUGUUUUAAUGAGAAAUUAACUUAUUAAGAACGUGAUUUACGUAAAACCAGAGGAUCAAAGAUUGUAAUUGUGAUAACCAAAUUUCUCAAUAGCAAAAAAUGGGAAAGAAAUAAGAAACAGAGACAAAGGAAGAAGGAAAAAAGCAAAAUGGCGUAUCGGAGAAGACAAGGGAUCACGAGAGCUUCUACAUUCAAGGAAGACAUCUACAAUCAACCCCCUGAUCACGAUCACGGUGAUCUCAAAGGUCACUCCAAUGGCGGAUCCUUCAGAUCCUCUCAAUCUUUCUCUUCUCAUUCCUCCCUUGCCGCUCAAGCAAUCCGCGCUUCCUCUGCUUACAACGGCGAUUCCAAUUCUCAGGGGCGAGGAUUCACGGCUUACGAGGAUGCGUCGAAGAACGAGAGCCGCGGUUUCUGGGGAAUCUUAGCUCAGAAAGCGAAAUCAAUCCUCGAGGACGAAGAAGAAGAGCAGCAGCAGCAGCAACAAAACGUCGUCGUUUCCGAAUCGUCGAAUAAUAAUAAUAACCCAACGAUACGCAAAAGCAUAGACAAGAUCACGACGUCGCUGAAUCAGAUCGGAGACAGUUUCGAGAAAGCAUUCGAAGAAGGCCGUACGAUCGUAGCUUCUCAGAUCAGACGGAAAGGAUCCGAUCUAAUCGAUCCAGAGAAUAACAACAACAAUAACUACAAUUACAAUCAAUCCUCUGGAUCAAACAGUCCAUGGCAGCCAUUAACGCAACCAAACCCACACGAAUCCCAACUCAAGGCUUCUCGCGACGUAGCCAUGGCUACAGCAGCGAAGGCAAAGCUCCUCCUCCGCGAACUGAAAACGGUUAAAGCCGAUUUAGCCUUCGCCAAAGAGCGGUGCGCGCAAUUGGAAGAAGAAAACAAACGGUUAAGAGAUAACCGGGAAAAGGGAAACAACAACCCAGCAGACGAUGACCUAAUCAGGCUUCAGCUAGAGACGUUGCUUGCGGAGAAAGCUAGAUUAGCUCACGAAAACUCGAUUUACGCCAGAGAAAACAGGUUCUUGAGAGAAAUCGUCGAGUAUCAUCAGCUAACGAUGCAAGACGUUGUUUACAUCGACGAAGGCAUCGAAGAAGUCGCUGAGGUGAAUCCUUCGAUCACUAGAACGCUCUCGGUGGCUUCGUAUGCGGCUUCUGAGUUGCCGUCGGUGUCGCCUUCUCCGUCGUCCCCUGCUUCGCCUUCUCGGCUUUCGGUUUCUACGGAUAUGUAUCCGGUUUUGGUUCAGCAGAGUUCGGUGAGUGAUGUUGUUACUCCCGAGAGUCCUAAACCGGUUCGACCACCUUCUUUGGGAUACACAGAUGAUGGUAAGAGACCGUCGUCGCAGCUCUCUGUUUAGAAUCCAAGAGUUAUAUAUAACUUACUACCAAUUUGAUUUGUCUCUCUGUUUCGCAUUUUUUUUUUUUUUUUUUUGGUUCUUGUUGUUAGUAGAAUUGUGUUUCUUUAAUAACUUGAUUUAACUUUGGCGUGAUCUCUUGUAAACUUAUUGAUUUCAUUAAACAAUUUUGCCCUCUACAUUUAAUGGAGAGAAUUUACAAAUUUUUCUUUUGUUUGGAAACACAACUGAAUAAAAUGUUUGUUUAGUGUGUGUGUUUGGCA